AUGUCUAGAUUGGCUAAGAACGACCUCAGAAAAGCCAUCAAAACCAAACUUAGUCAUUUGAGCGAAGCACGCCUCGCCGAACAGUCACAGAGUGUCUUCGAUGCCUUGAUUAAACACCAGGAGUUUCGAAACGCCAAAUCCGUGGCAUUGUUUAUGAGCAUGCCAAGAGUCGAAACAAGCACUGGCCCAAUCUUGAGAUACUGUUUCGACCACGAGAAAACGGUUUUUCUUCCAAAAUGCCUGCCGCCGAGUAGUCUGGGCAAUAGCAUGACAUUUCUUAACGUGAAAACAUUGGACGAGGUGAACGCACUCCAACCAGCUGGAAAGUACAAGCUUCGAGAGCCUGCACAAGGAGAGGACGCAAUGGAAACAGGGAAUCUCGACCUCAUUAUUGUACCGGGGGUUGCAUUCACACUUCUGGGUAACCGGCUUGGUCAUGGGGCCGGCUACUAUGACAAAUUUCUUCACGAUUUUCAAGCGAAAUUCGACCGCGUCCCCUACUUGAUGGGCGUGUGUCUCGCCGAACAACUAGCGGAGAACGUCCCCAUUGAACCACAUGACUGGACAAUGAACCACGUCAUUGUCGGGCGGGGAAUGCAAGAGUAG